AGUCCAUCUGGACUAAAGCAGUGGACCGACAUUAGAAUCCAUAGAGCAGCACUGCUAGUGUGUCUAAAGAGACAAUAAAAGAAGAGACAGUCAUGUUGAUAUGAACAUCAGAGAAACACAUCAUGGAGCUGAAAUAUGAUCCUGGUUCAUAAUUUGGACUCGUUCACCUCAGCUGACACAAUCAGCAGCAGACAGGUUUUUGUAUCAGUUUGUUUCACUGUGGGAGGAUAUAGCUACUUCAUCUUUGGCUCUGGAACUAAACUGUAUGUAACAGAUGAGCAGGUGGUGAAGCCCGUGGUGAGCGUGUACCCAGCAGCAUCCAGAGCCCACCUGGAGGGGAAGAGCUCCCUGCUGUGUCUGGCCUCAGCCAUGUUUCCUCCUCUGGUCCAGUUCUCCUGGAAAAGACAAAAGGAGAACGGUCCUCUGGAGGAUCUGCCCCCUGCUGAGGGAGAGCAGCUGGAGUUCAAAGAGUUGGGAUGCACCGCCGCCAUCAGAGUGAUUGAUCGGGAUGCUCUCCCCACAUAUAAAUACCGCUGCUACGUCCAGCACGAGGGGGGCACAGUGGACCAAACAGAACAAGGGGUUUCUGCACCAACAUCACCUCCAACAUCACCUCCAACAUCACUUCCAGCAUCACCUCCACCAUCAACUCCACCAUCACCUCCACCAUCAAUUCCAACAUCACCUCCACCAGCAGCUUCAGUCCAGUCUCAGUGCAGGGUGAAGCUGCUCUGUCUGCUGUACACAGUGCUGAUAGUGAAGAGUCUGGUGUACUGCUGUGGACUCUCUCUGCUGAUGAUCCUCAGAAACAAGGGACCGUCCACCAACUGCACACAAGCUGACUGACUGUUUUCUGCUCGCCUUUUCUCACCAUCAAAUAUCAUCAAUUCAUCUCAUUUAUCACUUUGAUCAGCUGUCGGAAAUGUCAAUUAUGACGUGUUGUGGUUGGUUGUAAAAUCUUUCUUUUUACGAAUAGGUUAGAUACAGUCAUGCUAAAAAUAAAUACACAAAUAUAUUUGCAGUUACUAAGUACAAAUUCUGUGGUAUAGUGAUAUUUUAAUAGUUUAUUUCCACUUUUUGUGACUCAUAAUAAUAGAAAAUGAAGCUGAAUCAUUAGCUGUCUGGUAGAUAUUUUGUUGUUUAUAGUAUUUUUCUGUUCUCUUGUUUCUUUUUAAUACAUUAUGCAGAGUGUGGCAGGUUUGUCAAAGUCUUUCAGUGUAACAUUCUCAAUAAACUGAAAAAUCACA